AUGCUGUCUGCGAGGGAUUUUUAUCGCUUCGAGAAACUAAACAGUCAGGGCAAACUUAAAAGCUCAGAAGAAGGUAUGUCACUGACUGAAAAAUUAAUUAGAUCAUUGGAUACACUAAAUGGCCCUUGCAGUGUAAAUGGAAUUUCAAAACCCUUAACCUCUAAAACAUCAAAUCGACUAAACGAAAAAAAUAAUACUAGAAAGAAACGAAGGCGAAGCAAGCGUAAAUUCUCGGAAAAAGAUGGGUCUUGUGCAACAGAUGUUGGUUGUUCUAAAACUAAAGAUCUUGAAUUCAGUUUAAACACUGCAGAUGUAACUUCUGAAUCUGAUCAGGAAUUUCAAAAUUUACAUGCAAAAAAACAAAAGUGUGAUCCUAAACAGGGAUUAGGCAGUAAUACGAUUGCUGAAAAAGAUUGUAUACAAUCUCCCAAAAACGAUCUUUUGAAUGCCUCAUUCCGCCCUGAUACUUUGUCGGUAUCUUCGAAACAGAUUACCAGUAGCCUAAAUCCUUUGAAACAAGGUGAACAGUUACUCAAAGAAAUACUGGAGCCCGUCGCGUUAGAAGAAUUUUUCAGAGUAAAUUAUCAAAAAACCCCAUUACAUAUCAAACGGUCCAGUUCAAAAUGUGGUGAAUGGUUGAAUUAUUCUUUUGUGAAAAAAUUGUUGGACAAGGAAUUUCUCUUUUUUGGACAACAUGUGGAUUUAAUCGAAGACAAAACUCUGAAACAUGAAAUUGUUAACCCAUCUGGCCGAGCAUUUGCUGGAACUGUAUGGGAGCAUUAUUCUCAAGGAAAAGGAUUGUGUUUUCACAACCUUCAAACAUUCUCCAGAAGUCUCCGCUUUCGUGUAGGUCUUCUGCAAGAGUAUUUCGGUUGUAAUUUCACCGUCACUGCUUACUUGCUACCGUCGAAAUCGACUGAAUUAUCUUUCAGUCAGUUGGACCACGAUUUGUUUAUUUUGCAGCAAGAAGGUUCACAAAAUUUUCAAAUUACAAGUAAUAAAACAAACUUGAAAGGUCAAAACAAAAGCGUUAUGUUGGUGAAGUUGAAACCGGGAGAUUUAAUUUAUAUUCCUAAAGGAUUCGCUUACACUAUGUCACAUACUAACAAAAAUAAUAAUAAGCAUACACUACAUCUUUGCAUCAGUUUUAAUCAAAAAUAUAAUUGGGGCGAUUAUCUAUCUGAAUUGUUACCAAUUAUGAUGAAGAAUGCUGUGGAAAAUGAUUCAGAAUUUGAUAAACCGCUUCCUCUUAAUUCUUUCAAACAUCUUGGAAUAUUUUUUAAUAAAGAUUCAGCGAAUAAACAUGCAAUUGAAUUUGAAAAAGAAUUUCGUGUACAAACUAUUCAACUGUUAAAACGUUUAAUUAGUAAAAUUGAACAACGUCAAACAUUUCCAAUUCGAAGAAUAAAAACUAUAUCUCAGUCGAUUCAUGAAAAACAUCAAUCUUCUUCUGCUCCUUUCUCAUUGUCAACAAUGACAAUGGAUGCAGUAUCAACUGGCAAAGAAAUUAAUUCCACAAAACAACAACAACAACAACAACAACCUAAUCCUUAUGAUAAUUUGUUUAUUCAAUCAAUUGAUCCUUUAUAUUUGGCAAUUGAUAAAAUGAUGUUGAAAAUAAUGAGAGAAAGUUGUGCACUCGAGUUGAGUGAAGAUGAACUAACACGUUCAAUUUUCAAACACGGAAGUGACAAAUCGAAUCAAUUAACUAUUCAUAGUAAAAUUCGUUUGAUUCGUUCAACAGCGAUUCGAUUAAUGUUGACUUAUUUUGAAAAUAAACAAUCUGAUACUGUCGUUGAUGAUAAUACUCUCAAUAGACAGCAUUCUAUGAUUCCUUCAUUCAUGGUAUAUCAUUCUUUAAAUAAUCAAGGCAAUAAUACUGAUAGUAAUGCAAAUGUAGGAAUUGGUUUUCACAAGAAAUUUCUUAUCGCCCUCACCCAUCUCAUUCGUAAAUAUCCUGUGUUCAUCCCUGUUAGUGGUUUGCCAUUGGAAAAACAUACAGAUUGUUUGAAUGUAGCAAUUACAUUUUACAAAUUAGGAUUUAUUAUUACAGAACAUAAACUACAUCAAAUUGAUGAUGAUGACGAUGAUGAGAAUAUUACCAUUGAAGAAUCUAAUGUAGAUAAUGUCAAUGUAUCUAAUUCACAUCAUGAUUCUAAAUCUGAGAUAGAAAAAAUGCUGAAACAUCGUUCAUCAUUAGUCAAGAAUAUUAAAGGUAAAAAAAAUAAUUGUGGAUUGAUCGGUUUAGAGGAAGUUAAAAAUGACCAGUGUCCCAUUGAUGAUAAUGACGAAGACAACUUAACUGAUAAUGAUGAUGACGACGACGACGAUUGUAUCAUAACUGAAAAUUAAGAAAAUUGAUUUUUUUUUUAGUGUAUAGAAAGAGUUGUACAUUUUUCGAUUGCUGUAUAUUCAAAACGAAAAGUUGAACAACGAGUACAUCUCAUUAAAGAAUAAAUAUUAUACUAUCAUGAUAAAUACUUGCUUCUUUUUUGUUCAACAAACUUUCUACAGUAUAACGAUCUAUUUACAACUGGUAAUUGAAAUCAAGAGAACGAUUAAAGUUGUAUUAAUAGACGUGUAUUAUAAUAGUGCGUUUAGAUACUGAAAAUCAGUCAGCUUUAUCAAUUCUGAGCCAUGUCACCCAGAGUCCCCAACCAAGUAGUUUGCAUCUACCAACAUGGCUAAGACUAGAAGUUA